GGCAGGAGAUCCCCCCCUAAUCCUCGCCUUUGGGGAGUCGGGUUCCAACGGCUCACAGACGAGCGGCCACGGUCUGUAUGUACAAAGAGACACUGGAACCAGCAGAGGAGAGAGAGAGAGGGGGUGAGAGAGAGAGAGAGACAGGGAGAGAGAGAGAGGAGGAGAUUACAUUACAGAUCACAGCAAGAAGGCGCGGGGAGAAGAAGGAUUCUUCCAGCAAGCAACUGGCUCAAAUCUGCAGAGAAUACACGCCGGGUCUCUCAGCGAGAGGGGGAGAAAGUAAAGAGCUGAAGGCUGGAAUAAGAUGCAAGGGGAGAGGGGGGAGCUGUGUGAAACCCUCACAGAGCGAAGGCUGAAAUAGACCGGUGUUAUUACACAAGAGCCUGUUGCACAGCCCUCUCCCACCGCCCUGCCUGUCAGACGCGACGAUGCCGGACUGUUUCUAGGAGUGGUUUUGCUCUCCGGAGUUGUCUAUCGCAGCUUGCAGCAGAGGUCCCCAGAGGUGCCACGAAGUGUGGGCUUCAUUGUGGAUUGGAGGAAUUGCAGGAUUAUGCCGAUGCCCCAGAAUGGAGCUGAGGAACCUGCUCUUGCGGCACUCUGUCGCCAUGUGGCUGCUCUUACAAAGCUUUGUCCUGAUGACCUUCUGCUUUAACUCGGCCACGACCUGCCCCAAGGGCUGCUACUGUUCCAACCCGGACAAGAGACUGACUGUGCGCUGCAGUGACAUGCACCUGAAGGAGGUCCCCAGAGACAUUCCCAACAACACUCGGAAGCUCUACCUGGAUUCCAAUCAAAUAACGUCCAUUCCGCACGACGUCUUCAAGAACCUGCAUGAGCUGGAGGAGUUGGACCUGUCCAACAAUGCCAUCCAACGCUUGGAGACGGGCGCCUUCCGAGGACUGAACGAGAGCUUGAAGUUCUUGAACCUCUCCCACAAUAAACUGGUGACUGUCAACAAAGAGGUCUUCAGCAGGUUGAAAGCAGUCAUCAAACUCUCAGACAACCCCUGGUUCUGCAACUGCGAGCUGCAGGAGAUGAUCAAGAUGGUCACCGUGAAAGUGGAGUCAUCCAAUGACAUCAUCUGCGCCUCAGCCUACCCGGAGGAGCACACCAAGAAGUCUUUCCUGGAGGUUGCACACCACGUUAACUUCUGCAACGUGCACAAGAAGACGACUGACGUGGCAAUGCUGAUCACCAUGUUUGGCUGGUUCACCAUGGUUAUCUCGUAUCUGGUGUACUAUGUCCGCCAGAACCAGGAGGACGCCAGGCGCCACCUCGAGUACCUGAAGUCGCUGCCCAGCAAGCAGUCAAAGUCCGAGGCCUCCUCCACGAUUAGCACAGUGGUGUAACGGGGGGCCACUUCCAAUUCUCGCCUCGGGGAGCGGAGAAUGCUGAGGAGGAGGAGGAGGAGGAGGAGGUCAAGGCGACACAAAAAAAUAUAUAACAAUCUGCCGGCUCGAGAUCUGUGGCGCUGUAAUGGUUGAAGUGGAAGGUCAGUUCUUGGAGAGGAGUGGACCGUAACUCUGGCCUCUCCCCCUGAUCUCCCAAACUAGCUUGUUUUAAAAAAUUGGUUGCCAAAAAUAAAUAACAGUGAAUGCAUUGGAUACACAGCCCAAUGCCGUGCUCAGAUUAAGAGUCUUGUUCAUUAAGACUCAGAUGCGUCUUGUUCAUGAUAUGCUCUUCAAAACUAAGGAAAGGAUAAGGAAUGAGUUAGCAACAGGAACGGAAUAAGACUGUGAUUUAAUAUGUUGCGAAGGACAUUGUUUCAUCUUAAGUUAGCCCAGGUUUAAUGUCUUAGUCACAUCUUUGUCUGUCUGUCUCUGUCUCUCUGUCUCUGUCUCUCUGUCUCUCUGUCUCUUUGUCUCUCUGUCUCUGUGCCUGUCUCUCUAUCUCUCUCUAACCCUCUCUCCCUCUCACUUCCUCUCUCCCUCUCUCUCUCUCUCUCUCUUUGUAACCUAAAAAGAUGAGAGAGUGAAGCAAAGUUACGCUAGCUUCUCUGGUAUAAUCGGAGAUGGUCUUUGGUGGUUGAAGACCCUGGUGAAAGAGUCUACACUUGUUUAGAAAUAUCAACACAAUGAAUACAGAAGAGUGACCACAAAGUGCUGGAGUAAGUUAGCGGGUCAGGCAGCACCUCUGGAGAAAAGGAAUAGUGACGUUUUGGGUCGAGACCCUUCAUCAGACAGUAGCAGAUGUGGAAGAGUGGUCCCUUUUAUCAUGCGAAUGGUCGAAAACCAUAGAUCACAACCUAAUUUAUAGUAUGUAAAAUCACAGAGGUGAUCAGGUGGGCAAAGCUUACUCAGGCAGACUAUUUAAAAAUGCAGUACGUUAAUGUGGGAAGGGACGUCAUAGAUGGAACUGUCCAUUUUGACCUUGGGAAGAGCAACAGUUAGGUUUCGCCAUAUCCGGAGCUGUUUAUAUUGGGUGUUUCACUAGCUAAUUAGGUGUAACUAAUCGAUCCAAUGAGAUACGAUCGCAAGUUAGGACUCAACACCUUACCCACUUAGGAAGAACAUCCGAAUGGUUUUUUUCUCUGCUCGCAUUCUUAGAGUGAAAGCUUCAAGGUCAAAACUUUGAAAAGAAUUACCAUGGCCAAAACUCAAACCCAGAGAGGCCAAAACCAUUCUGCCAUGCGUGGACUCAACCAGGUGCAGAACUGAAGCUGAACCUCACGGAGGAAGCUGUGUCCAGCAUAGUAAGAUACAGGGUAUUGGAA